GGAAGCCAUCCUCAUUUUCUUUCCUAGGAUGGCGAAGUCAUGACCCGCCCUACUCUGCCUCUGAUUGGCUUACCCUGAUAUUCUUGCCCUAACUGUAACCAAUCUCACUCCUCAUGUCUAAACCUGACCAAACUCAACCAACGAAGACAACGAGUAUUAGUCAUUCAGAAGCAGAGUAGGGCGGGUCAUGACUUCGCCAUCUUAGGAAAAAAAAUUGGCCAACUGCCGGACCAUACGGACAGCAUCUUUCCACAACGAGCAUCACCGUGUUGACACCUUCACUGCACGGACAUGUCUUCUGUGGGGAUUCCUCUGUCUGCCACACAGGCUUUAGCUUAGGAUAGGUGAGACACAGAGCAACAGGCAGGAUCGAGACAGCGUCACUUUUCCACUCUCCCUCGCCAGGUCAACAUCCAGCCUUCAUCAGCAGUCUGCGGAGAGAAAGUGUGGGACCGUUAAGACUCCUCGCUGAAGGAGAGGCAGGGUCUGCCGUGGACGAUGAACCGCUACACCAUGCUGAAACAGCUGGGCGACGGCACCUACGGCAGCGUGCUCCUGGGCAAGAGCAAUGAAACCGGGGAACUGGUGGCCAUAAAGAGGAUGAAGAGGAAGUUUUAUUCUUGGGAAGAGUGCUUGAAUCUGAGAGAGGUGAAGUCACUGAAGAAGCUGAAUCACGCCAAUGUGGUGAAACUGAAAGAAGUCAUCAGAGAAAAUGACCACCUCUACUUUGUCUUUGAGUAUAUGAAAGAAAACCUCUAUCAGCUCAUGAAAGAAAGAAACAAGUUGUUCCCUGAGUCAGUCGUCAGAAACUUGACAUUUCAGAUAUUACAGGGACUGUCCUUUAUUCAUACACAUGGGUAUUUCCAUCGUGAUAUGAAACCGGAGAACUUGCUCUGCAUGGGCCCCGAGCUGGUUAAAAUUGCUGAUUUUGGACUUGCUAGAGAAAUCCGCUCCCAGCCUCCUUACACCGAUUAUGUGUCCACGAGAUGGUACCGAGCUCCAGAGGUUCUGCUCAAGUCCAACUCCUACAGUUCGCCCAUCGACAUCUGGGCCGUGGGAUGCAUCAUGGCGGAGCUCUACACAAUCAGACCGCUGUUUCCUGGCAACAGCGAGGUGGACGAGAUCUUCAAGAUCUGUCAGGUGCUGGGAACGCUGAAGAAGUUGGACUGGCCUGAGGGCUACAACCUGGCGGCCUCCAUGAACUUCCGCUUCCCAAAAUGUGUCCCCACCAGCCUCAGAUCCCUGAUCCCCAACGCCAGUGACGAGGCGAUCACGCUGAUGAAAGACAUGCUGCAGUGGGACCCUGAGAAAAGGCCAAGUGCUGCUCAGGCUCUGCGGUAUCCAUAUUUCCAUGUCGGCCAGUCGCUCGGUACCCCUCUCAAGUACUCGGAGCAGCACAAAACCCUUGCAAAGGUGGCAGAGGCAAAUGCAGAACCGAAGCCUCUGUCUCUCUGUAAGACCCAGGCUGAGUCUCUCCACCAGCCACUUCAUCAGAUCCAACUUCCCCAGGAGCCAAACACACAACAACCAGCGCGUCCCAGCACGCUGACAGAGGGGCAGCAAGAACCUCUCAGCCUGGUUAAAAACAGACAGCCGAUGAGCUGGCAGACUCCUGGACGAGCAACUCCCACAGGAGCAGAGAACAGCGUGACCGGAGUGAGGACCGGACGUCGGCGAUGGGGCCAGACGUCCAUCAAGUCAGUCGACAGCUUCGACAGUGUUGACGAUGCAGACGCUGGAGCUUCCAUCUCCAAAAAACCCACCAUCAGAGAUGCACUCAGUUGUCGAUUUCCAGAGUCAAAGAACUGUACGGGAGGAAAACCAACAAGCAACAAAGGGCUGAACAGAGCUGAUUCCACUGCCUUGUCUGCCAAGCAGCACUACCUGCGCCAGUCCAGAUACCUACCUGGCAUAAAUCCAAGAAUUAACUCGUCAGCAGGAAACCAGGUGGUCAGUAGAAACCUGUGGGGCAGCUCGUGCUUAACCAGAGGACAGGACUUCCCCUUUAAUAAAGAUUUAAGUUUUUCUAAACUAACAGAUAAGCUGCCUCUAAAAGAAAAGACUCUGGAGGAUUUUGAUCUCUUCAAAGACUCCUUCAUGAGCAGCUCCAACAACUCGACCAGGACGACGUACAUGUCACCUUUUCAGAAGACGGAAACAGGAGCAGCGAGACAGAGGAUCACACUGGCGCCGAUAGGAGGAACGUCUGCUAUUGAUCUGUCGUCUGCUGCUGAUCUAAGAAUUGACUCCAAAAUCAAACCAUCCAAGAACAAGAACUCUUCAAAUAAACCGGCGCCCUCAAAUGAAGAGUACGAUGGAUGGAGGAGCAGAUCUUUGAAUUCUCAAAUCCCUUGUUCCAGCACCAGCGCUACGGGCAGGAACUCCCUCCCCAGGAACACAAACAUUCAGCCGAUACACGGACGAGUAGACUGGACGGCCAAAUACGGAGGCCACCGGUAGCACAGCUGUGCUCAACCAGUGACUCAUGGGAAAAGUUCCCACUGCACUUUUCUCAGAAAUGUGCACUCCAGAGGAGACGUGCUUCGUGCUGCCAAAAGUACACAGCAAUGUUUCCUGCCUAGUCUGUCAUUUCAGUUGCCAUGUUACAUACUCAGUGUUGUACAAGCGUCCCCUGACCUCUACUGUCAGCUUUGUUUUUAAAUAAUAGACUAUAAAAUGAA